AUGAUGUACUCCCUCAGGAAAGAAAGCCCAAAGUGUUGUUAUUCUGAAAGUGGUGGAGUCACAAAAUUAGGAAACCACACAAAUAGCAGGUAUCCGAAAACUCCGUGCCAUCUGGAUCUUUACUCUGAAGGUCGUCCCAUUCCAUCUACAUCUUCGUCUAGCCUUCUAACAUCUGCACAACUGCCUAGUUCCCAUAAUCCUCCUCCUGUUAGCUGCCAGAUGCCGUUGCUUGACAGCAAUACUUCUCAUCAAAUCAUGGACACCAACCCUGACGAGGAGUUCUCACCUAACUCAUACCUGCUAAGAGCAUGCUCGGGCCCACAGCAAUCUUCCAGCAGUGGUCCAACAAAUCACCACAGUCAGUCAACACUUCGGCCUCCGCUACCCCCUCCUCACAACCAUACCCUAUCACAUCAUCACUCUUCAGCCAACUCUCUCAAUAAGAAUUCAUUGACCAACCGAAGAAAUCAGAUUCACGCACCAGCUCCAGCUCCCAAUGAUUUAGCAACUACUCCAGAAUCGGUUCAACUACAGGACAGCUGGGUCCUAAACAGCAAUGUGCCACUGGAGACCAGACACUUCCUAUUCAAGACAUCAUCAGGAACAACUCCUUUGUUCAGUAGCUCUUCUCCUGGAUACCCCUUGACUUCAGGAACAGUUUACACACCUCCUCCAAGACUUCUGCCCAGAAAUACCUUCUCCAGAAAUGCCUUCAAAUUAAAGAAACCCUCCAAAUAUUGUAGUUGGAAAUGUGCUGCCUUAUCAGCUAUUGCUGCAGCCGUUCUUCUUGCUAUCCUGCUGGCCUACUUCAUCGCAAUGCAUCUGCUUGGACUCAACUGGCAACUCCAGCCAGCAGAUGGGCAUACCUUUAAUAAUGGAAUAAGGACAGGCAGUGAUGAUGUUGCAACAAUGCCAUCUGGAGGCAAAGGUCCUUGGUUUACAACGAGAAACAGCAGCAUUGACAAUGGAGAGGUUGAAAUAGGACGCAGAAUCACCCAAGAAGUGCCAGCAGGAGUUUUUUGGAGAUCACACAUACAUAUUAUACAGCCGCAGUUCCUAAAAUUUAAUAUUUCGUUGGGAAAAGAUGCUCUUUUCGGUGUUUACAUAAGGAGAGGCCUACCACCAUCACAUGCACAGUAUGACUUUAUGGAACGUUUGGAUGGCAAGGAGAAGUGGAGCGUUGUAGAAGCCCCACGUGAACGCCGUAGUAUCCAGACGUUGGUGCAAAAUGAGGCUGUGUUUGUCCAGUACUUGGAUGUGGGGUUCUGGCACCUGGCAUUUUACAAUGAUGGCAAAGACAAAGAGAUUGUUUCUUUUAACACCGUUGUCUUAGAUUCCGUUCAGGAUUGUCCGCGAAAUUGCCAUGGUAAUGGGGAAUGUGUAUCAGGAGUCUGUCAUUGUUUCCCAGGAUUCCAUGGAGCAGACUGUGCAAAAGCUGCUUGCCCAGUGCUUUGUAGUGGUAAUGGACAGUACUCAAAAGGGACAUGUAUAUGCUACAGUGGCUGGAAAGGAGCAGAAUGUGAUGUGCCCAGUAGUCAGUGCAUUGAUGCUUCUUGUGGAGGUCAUGGGUCUUGUAUUGAAGGAAACUGUAUUUGUACUGCAGGUUUCAAGGGAGACAACUGUGAAGAAGUCGAUUGUUUGGACCCAAAUUGCUCUAACCAUGGGGUUUGUGUGAAUGGAGAAUGUCUCUGCAGUCCGGGAUGGGGUGGACAGAAUUGUGAACUGCCAAGAACUCAAUGUCCAGACCAGUGCAGUGGACAUGGAACAUACCUCACCGACUCAGGUCUGUGUAGCUGUGAUCCUAACUGGAUGGGUCCUGAUUGCUCUGUUGAGGUAUGCUCAGUGGACUGUGGCACUCAUGGUGUUUGUAUUGGAGGAGCAUGUCGUUGUGAGGAAGGUUGGACUGGGGUGGCAUGUGACCAACGUGUUUGCCACCCUCGUUGCACAGAACACGGGACAUGUAAAGAUGGAAAAUGUGAAUGCAGAGAGGGCUGGAAUGGGGAGCACUGCACCAUUGAUGGCUGCCCUGAUCUCUGCAAUGGCAAUGGGAGAUGCACGCUCGGUCAGAACAGCUGGCAGUGUAUCUGCCAGACCGGCUGGAGAGGGUCCGGAUGCAAUGUUGCCAUGGAAACAUCUUGUGCUGAUAACAAGGAUAAUGAGGGAGAUGGUCUUGUGGACUGUUUGGAUCCAGAUUGCUGUCUCCAGUUAACGUGCCAGUCGAGUUUGCUUUGCCGCGGAUCACGUGAUCCUCUUGAUAUCAUUCAACAAAGCCAGUCCGGCUCACCAGCUGUAAAAUCUUUCUAUGACAGAAUCAAACUUUUGGUGGGAAAAGACAGCACACACAUAAUUCCUGGAGAAAAUCCUUUCAACAGCAGCCUUGUGUCCCUCAUUAGAGGCCAAGUGGUGACCAUAGAUGGCACUCCACUAGUUGGUGUCAACGUGUCUUUUGUAAAAUAUCCCAAAUAUGGAUACACAAUAACCCGCCAGGAUGGCACGUUUGAUUUAAUAGCAAAUGGUGGCGCAUCCCUCACUCUUCAUUUUGAACGUGCUCCGUUCAUGAGUCAAGAGCGAACUGUUUGGUUGCCGUGGAAUAGUUUUUAUGCUAUGGACACAUUAGCCAUGAAGACAGAAGAAAAUAGUAUUCCUAGCUGCGACUUAAGUGGAUUCGUGAGGCCGGAUCCUGUUAUAAUCUCUUCUCCUCUUUCAACAUUUUUCAGUUCUUCUCCGAGACAAAAUCCAAUUGUGCCAGAAACACAGGUACUUCAUGAAGAGAUUGAAAUGACUGGUACAAACUUUAAACUCUGCUAUCUAAGUUCUCGCACAUCUGGGUACAAGUCCCUACUAAAGAUCACAAUGACACAGUCUGUGGUACCUCUUAAUCUUAUCAAAGUUCACCUGAUGGUUGCAGUUGAAGGGCAUCUGUUCCAAAAGUCAUUCCAGGCAUCACCUAACUUAGCCUACACAUUUGUCUGGGAUAAAAAUGAUGCUUACGGUCAAAGGGUAUAUGGACUCUCAGAUGCUGUAGUGUCUGUGGGAUUUGAAUAUGAGACGUGCCUCACUCUUAUUUUGUGGGAAAAAAGAACCGCUGUGCUGCAGGGAUUUGAACUGGACCCAUCAAAUAUUGGUGGAUGGUCUUUGGAUAAACAUCAUAUAUUAAACAUAAGAAGUGGAAUACUGCAUAAAGGCAGUGGAGAAAAUCAGUUCUUAUCAACACAGCCGGCUGUGAUAACAAGCAUUAUGGGAAAUGGACGACGAAGGAGUAUCCCUUGCCCAAGCUGCAAUGGCCUUGCUGAAGGAAAUAAGUUAUUGGCUCCUAUAGCUCUGGCAGUUGGAACUGACGGGAGCCUCUAUGUGGGAGAUGUUAAUUAUAUACGACGCAUCUUCCCCUCUAGAAAUGUCACCAGCAUUUUGGAACUUCGAAACAAAGAGUUUAAACAUAGCAACAAUAUAGCACAUAAAUACUACCUGGCUGAAGACCCUGUAUCAGGGUCAUUAUACCUGUCAGAUACCAACAGUCGGAGAAUCUACAAAAUAAAGUCACUCACUGGGGCAAAUUUGCUUGCAACCAACUUAGAAGUCAUAGCUGGGAAUGGAGAACAGUGUAUGCCCUUCGACGAAGCUAGAUGUGGGAAUGGUGGAAAGGCUGUAGAUGCAAUUUUGACUAAUCCUCGAGGUAUUGCAGUGGAUAAAAAUGGUUUAAUCUACUUUGUUGAUGCCACUAUGAUUCGUAAAGUGGACCAGAAUGGAAUAAUUUCGACUCUGCUAGGUUCUAAUGACCUUGCUGCUGGUCGUCCACUGAGCUGUGACUCAAGUAUGGACAUUACCCAGGUACGGAUGGAAUGGCCAACUGACCUAGCAGUUAAUCCUAUGGAUAAUUCACUCUAUGUAUUGGAAAACAAUGUUAUUUUGCGCAUUACAGAAAACCACCAGGUCAGCAUCAUAGCUGGCCGUCCAAUGCAUUGCCAGGUGCCUGGUAUAGACUACUCUCUUAGUAAAUUAGCUAUUCAUUCUGCUCUUGAAUCUGCAAGUGCAAUAGCUAUUUCCCACACUGGGAUCCUUUACAUUGCAGAAACAAAUGAAAAGAAAAUUAAUCGAAUACGUCAAGUGACCACCAAUGGUGAAAUAUCUCUUUUAGCUGGAGCAGCCUCUGAUUGCAACUGCAAAGAUGAUGUCAACUGCAAUUGUUAUGCUGGAGAUGAUGGUUAUGCUACAGAUGCCUUUUUAAAUUCACCAUCAUCUUUAGCUGUGGCCCCUGAUGGUACCGUAUACAUUGCUGACCUUGGGAAUAUUCGUAUAAGAGCUGUUCUUCAGAACAAGCCUGUACUUAAUUAUUUCAACCAGUACGAAGUUGCAUCUCCAGGAGAACAAGAAUUAUACAUAUUUAAUAUCAAUGGAAUUCAUCAAUAUACUCAAAGCCUUGUAACUGGAGAGUAUCUUUACAAUUUUACUUACAGUGCUGAUAAUGAUGUGAUAGAGGUGGUCGAUAACAGUGGAAAUUCUUUAAAAAUUCGAAGAGACACUAAUGGUACACCACGACAUUUUCUAAUGCCAGACAAUCAAAUUGUUACAUUAACACUAUCUACCAAUGGAGGCCUGAAAUCAGUCUCAACACAGAGUUUGGAAUUGGCUUUGAUGACAUAUGAAGGGAAUACUGGUCUUUUGGCAACUAAGAGUGAUGAGACUGGCUGGACAGUAUUUUAUGACUAUGACAACGAAGGCCGCUUGACCAAUGUUACACGACCAACCGGAGUUGUGACCAGUCUGCAUCGUGAAAUGGAAAAAUCCAUUACCAUUGACAUAGAAAAUUCCAACCGGGAUGAUGAUGUCACAGUGAUAACAAACCUUUCUUCAGUGGAGGCCUCGUAUACUGUGGUUCAAGAUCAAGUCAGAAACAGCUACCAGUUAUGCAGUAAUGGCACCCUGAGAGUUAUGUAUGCAAACGGAAUGGGAAUAAGUUUUCACAGCGAGCCUCAUAUUUUGGCUGGAACAGUGACGCCUACAAUUGGAAGACGCAAUAUUUCUUUGCCCAUGGAAAAUGGGCUGAACUCAAUAGAAUGGAGACUACGGAAAGAACAGAACAAAGGGAAAGUUACUGUUUUUGGGAGAAAACUUAGAGUGCAUGGGAGAAACUUGCUGUCCAUCGAUUUUGAUAGGAAUUCACACACAGAAAAAAUAUAUGAUGACCACAGGAAAUUUACCUUAAGGAUUGUCUAUGAUCAGCUAGGACGACCCCUUCUAUGGCUUCCAAGCAGUGGACUUGCUCCAGUUAAUGUUUCUUAUUUUUUUAAUGGGAGGUUGGCUGGACUUCAGCGUGGUGCAAUGAGUGAGAGAACUGAGAUGGACAAGCAGGGCAGAAUUAUCUCUCGUUCUUUUGCAGAUGGCAAAGUGUGGAGCUACACAUUCCUUGAAAAGUCUAUGGUGUUACUUCUUCAAAGCCAAAGACAGUACAUCUUUGAAUAUGACACUUCAGACCGUCUUUAUGCUGUGACUAUGCCUAGUGUGGCCCGACACAGUAUGGCAACUCAUACAUCCAUUGGCUACAUUAGGAACAUUUAUAACCCUCCUGAAAGCAAUGCUUCAAUCAUUUUUGAUUACAGUGAAGAUGGCAGAAUUGUGAAAACAUCAUUCCUUGGAACUGGUCGACAAGUGUUCUAUAAAUAUGGGAAACUCUCCAAGUUGUCUGAGAUAGUUUACGAUAGCACUGCAGUUACCUUUGGAUACGAUGAAACUACUGGAGUUUUAAAAAUGGUUAAUCUCCAAAGUGGUGGUUUUUCAUGUACAAUACGGUACAGGAAAAUAGGACCUCUUGUGGACAAACAAAUUUACAGGUUUUCAGAGGAAGGUAUGGUAAAUGCAAGAUUUGAUUAUACGUAUCAUGACAACAGUUUUCGAGUUGCUAGCAUUAAGCCAAUAAUAAGUGAAACACCACUCCCAGUUGAAUUGUAUCGUUAUGAUGAUAUUUCUGGGAAAAUUGAACAUUUUGGAAAAUUUGGGGUCAUUUACUAUGAUGUCAAUCAAAUUAUCACCACAGCAGUGAUGACCCUUACUAAACACUUUGAUACUCAUGGUCGUAUUAAAGAAGUACAAUAUGAAAUAUUCAGAUCGCUCAUGUAUUGGAUGACUGUGCAAUAUGACAGUAUGGGACGUGUUACAAAAAGAGAGUUAAAACUAGGGCCAUAUGCCAACACAACAAAAUACACCUAUGAAUAUGAUGGUGAUGGUCAGUUACAAAGUGUGGCAGUUAAUGACAGACCAACGUGGCGUUACAGUUAUGACUUAAAUGGAAACCUCCACCUAUUAAACCCUGGAAAUAGUGCAAGGCUGAUGCCUUUGCGAUAUGAUCUCAGAGACAGAAUAACACGUCUGGGGGAUGUACAGUACAAAAUCGAUGAUGAUGGUUUCUUGAGUCAAAGAGGCUCUGACAUUUUUGAAUACAAUUCCAAAGGCUUACUGACAAGGGCAUAUAACAAAGUCAAUGGAUGGAAUGUACAAUAUCGAUAUGAUGGAUUGGGACGUAGAGCUUCAUGUAAAACUAAUUUAGGACAUCAUCUUCAGUACUUUUAUGCUGAUCUUCACAACCCAACAAGAGUUACACACGUCUAUAAUCACUCUAACUCUGAAAUUACUUCUCUAUAUUAUGAUUUGCAAGGCCAUCUUUUUGCGAUGGAAAGCAGCAGUGGAGAAGAAUAUUAUAUUGCUUCUGACAAUACUGGAACACCCUUGGCAGCUUUUAGCAUUAAUGGUGUGAUGAUCAAGCAGCUACAGUAUACAGCAUAUGGAGAAAUUUACUUUGAUUCAAACCCAAAUUUCCAACUGGUAAUUGGGUUUCAUGGAGGUCUAUAUGAUCCUUUAACUAAGCUAGUACAUUUCACCCAAAGAGAUUAUGAUGUGUUAGCUGGACGUUGGAUAUCUCCUGAUUACACAAUGUGGAAAAAAAUUGGACGAGACCCUGCCCCAUUCAACUUAUACAUGUUUAAGAACAACAAUCCAUUAAGCACAGAAAUGGAUUUAAAGAAUUACGUAACAGAUGUGCAAAGCUGGUUGGUAAUGUUUGGAUUUCAACUGAGUAACAUUAUUCCUGGGUUUCCAAGAUCAAAAACCAAUUUUGUACCAGCCCCAUAUGAACUGAUCGAAAGUCAAGCUUGUGAGAAUGGCCAGCUAAUUACGGGUGUUCAGCAGACCACUGAAAGACAUAAUCAAGCAUUUAUGGCAUUGGAGGGUCAGACCAUUGUGAAAAGACUGCAUGCAAACAUAAGAGAGAAACCAGGACAUUGGUUUGCAACUACUGUUCCUAUAAUUGGAAAAGGAAUAAUGUUUGCAAUCAAAGAAGGUAAAGUAACAACUGGAAUGUCCAGCAUUGCUAAUGAAGACAGCCGAAAAAUUGCUCUGGUGCUUAACAAUGCACAUUAUCUUGAAAGAAUGUACUACAACAUAGAAGGAAAGGACACACAUUAUUUUGUCAAAAUUGGUUCGGCUGACAGUGACCUAGUCACCUUAGGACUAACGACUGGUAGGAAAACUCUAGACAGUGGAGUAAAUGUCACAGUUUCUCAGCCAACUUUGCUCAUCAAUGGAAGGACUAGAAGGUUUACAAAUAUUGAAUUGCAGCACUCUUCACUCCUACUCAAUAUACGGUAUGGGUUAACCGUAGACACACUAGAUGAAGAAAGGGCUAGAAUUCUUGAUCAAGCCCGUCAGAGAGCUUUAGGUGCAGCUUGGGCCAAAGAACAACAAAAAGCACGGGAUGGAAGGGAAGGCAAUCGUUUAUGGACUGAAGGAGAAAAACAACAGCUUUUGAGUACCGGAAGAGUUCAAGGAUAUGAAGGAUAUUAUGUUCUUCCAGUGGAGCAGUACCCAGAGCUAGCAGACAGUAGCAGUAACAUCCAGUUUUUGAGACAGAAUGAAAUGGGAAAGAGGUAACAAAUUAAUCUACUGUCAUCCUUUGCUGGAUGAAUCAGUAGUUACAACUGUUAUCUCCUCUCCUAAGGAGAUGAAGACCUAAAUGGGGCACUAGGCUGAAUUGUUUUUGGGACAGUUAAGUAGCAAGAAAGCUCACAUUUUUUGAGUUAAAUGCUGCUGAAUCCCACAAAUUAAAGUGGA